CGCUCCCCCUGCCGGUUGAACCUGUUUAUGCAGCAGCAAUAGUAGUAGUCAGUCAUCAUGGCGUUAGCUGCUGCAGCCAGGCGCUGUGCAUCCUGUGCAAUUUUCAGUAGAUCUUUGUCAGUACCAGAGCUCAGAUCAGCCUGCUCUUAUCAUAAAAAGGUGGUGGACCACUAUGAAAACCCCAGAAAUGUUGGUUCCCUGGACAAAAAUGACAAAAACGUAGGCACUGGUUUGGUAGGCGCACCUGCGUGCGGGGACGUUAUGAAAUUACAGAUUCAGGUGGAUGAAAAUGGCAAGAUAGUAGAUGCCAGAUUCAAAACAUUUGGCUGUGGCUCAGCCAUUGCUUCCAGCUCACUGGCCACAGAGUGGGUGAAGGGAAAAUCAAUUGACGAAGCCCUGAAAAUCAAAAAUACUGAGAUUGCCAAAGAACUUAGUCUACCACCAGUCAAACUUCAUUGCUCUAUGCUUGCAGAGGAUGCUAUCAAGGCUGCAUUAGCAGAUUACAGGCUCAAACAGAAGGACGACAAGGAGACAUUGGCAGAAGCUCGAAAUUAAUGUCCUUAUUCACAGACGAGUCACUGUCACCCACUCUCAUUGUGACUCAUAGAAAAAUUGUGUAGUGUAUUUGCUUUCUCAGGAUAUAAUAAACCUAUUAGCUAGCAUCUUAUCUUUACUACUCUAUUCGCACUGCCUUUACGUUGCUGGUUUGAAGUAGCUUGCAUUGACCGACUUGUGAGGAUCUUUUGGAUUAAAGUUUUCUCCUUUAUUUCUGAAUCACGCACAUUAAAAUAAACUCCUUCCUAAAGAUGUCUUACUCUGACAUGAAGUGUCCUCUAUAUUAAAUGCUUAAUACUGAAAUGUUUGUAAAUGUACACUAAUACAGUUUAUAAGAAGGAAAGUAUGGGAGUUGAAAAAUGUCUUUGAACAGAAAUGUUGAAAAAUUUUCAGAGGGCUCGUUAUAGUUUUGGCAGUGAUUGUAAAAAGAAUAAUAAAAAAAAAAAUUGUGUUAUGCUGUAUUAUUUGUUGCAAAAACUUAAUAAAGUUGUAAAUAUUCA